AUGGCAGCAGAGCUGACCCAGGACCAGCCGACGAUGACCAGGAAAACUGGAGAAGACGUGUCAGCGGGGAAUCACUUCUUUUCAUCGACGCGUCAGUACACAACAGCUUCCAUCAGAGGUCAGAGGUCAGAGGUCCGUGCAUGUGACACUAAACUCAGGAACCAGGAACUUACACCUGAUCAAAACUUCACAGUCACAACAACGACGCGUCUCUGUCCUCUGGUUUUUAUUAAGCCCUGCGGGACACUAACGUGGGGAGGGAGACAUGUUGUCUUGCCACCGAAGACUUCAGACAAAAAUCCCGAAAAUGCAGAAAACAACGAGCAGGAACCUCAGCAGAGCAGCUCACAGGUUUUUGUAUCGGUCUGUUUCACCGUGAGAGGAUCCAACGACACCAACAGCUACCUCAUCUUUGGCUCUGGAACCACGCUCUAUGUUUCAGAUGAGCAGGUAGUGAAGCCCGUGGUGAGCGUGUACCCAGCAGCAUCCAGAGCCCACCUGGAGGGGAAGAGCUCUCUGCUGUGUCUGGCCUCACACAUGUUUCCUCCUGAGGUCAAGUUCUCCUGGAAAAGACAGAAGGAGGGCGGCUCUCUGGAGGAUCUGACCCCUGCUGAGGGAGAGCAGCUGGAGCUCAGAGAGUCGGGAAUCAGAGCCUCCAUCCGGCUGCUGCAAGGGGACGAUGUGCACGAGUACAGAUACCAGUGCUCCGUCGAGCACGAGGGAGACACAGUGGAGGCCAAAGUGCUACAAGAAGUGCCUGUGCCUCCUCCUCCACCUCCACCUCCUGCUCCACCGGCCGCUGCCCCACACUGGUACAAAGAGAGGCUCUUCUGCUUCACCUACACACUGCUGAUAGUGAAGAGUCUGGUGUACUGCUGUGGACUCUCUCUGCUGAUGAGCCUCAGGAACAAGGGACCGUCCACCAGCUCCACACAUGCUGACUGACUGUUUUCUGCAGCAGCUUCUCCCUCACACCGGUCAAACAGCCACACAUCAACAAAUCAGUUCCUCACAGCACAUGAACAGAAGCCUAACAGCUCUUGAUGUGUUUUUUGCUUUAAAAGCCGUUUCAGCAAAAAGGGCUUUUUUUUAGCUGCAAUACUUUUAUCAUCUCUUCCUGUUUUUUGUGCAAUGCUCAGUUUUUAUUCAAUGAAAUAAAAUAACAAGAUUAUUUGA